AUGUCUGACACUGAGGAGAUUGUGGAGGAGUACGAGGAGGAAGAAGAAGAAGAGGAGAAUGUAGAGGAAGCCCCUCUGAUUGAGCAUGAGGAGAAGGAGCUGGCAGAGGAAGAAGAGGAGGAAGAAGAAGAAAAGGGGGAGGAUGCGGAGGAACCAGAAGAAGACUCCAAGCCUAAGCCCAAGAUGUUUCUCCCAAACAUGGCCCCCCCAAAGCUGCCUGAUGGCGAAAAAGUGGAUUUUGAUGACCUUCAUCGCAAGCGUCUUGAGAAGGACUACAAUGAACUGCAGAGCCUUAUCGAGACCCAUUUUACCAGUAGACAGAAGGAGGAAGAUGAGCUGGUGGCGCUGAAAACCCGUAUCGAGCGGCGCCGUGCAGAUCGUGCUGAGCAACAGCGUAUCCGAACUGAACGCGAACGUGAAAGGCAGGCUCGUCUGGCUGAGGAAAGAGCGAGACGUGAAGAAGAGGCAGCCAAACUCAGAGCCGAGGAGGAUGCCAAGAAGAAGAAACUCCUUACCAACAAAGGAUAUGGGGGCUACUUGCAGAAGGUUGAGCAAAAGAAGGGCAAGAAGCUUACAGAGCGUGAGAAGAAGACAAAAGCCCUAAUGGAGCGCCGAAAGCCACUCAACAUCGACCACCUCAACCAAGAGAAGCUGACUGAGAAGGCCCGGGAUCUCUGGCAGUGGCUGCAGCAGCUCCAUGCUGAGAAGUUUGACCUGGCCGAGAAACUUAAGAGGCAGAAGUAUGAUGUCAAUGUGCUGCGCAACAGAGUCAAUGAUCAUCAGAGGUACAGCAAGACAAACAAGACCUCCAGAAAGUCCUGGAAGUAA